ACUCCUUCAGAAAGCGAAGGACAGCCAUCCAACAACCAUCUCUCUGUUCAGUGAUUCUUAGUGAGAAAAUCAAAAUAAUUGUCCACAAUGGCCCCCAUUCCACAUUCGUGCGACCUGAAGGUUUCCGCGCGUGAUGCAAAGCCCUGUGAGCGCGAAGAACCUUCCAAAGGGAGGUGGGACGUGGCCUUGCCCAUCAGUCGAAGGGGGAGCUUCUUCCAAGACUCCUUUUUCUCGGAUGUGCACGACGAGUUCGACGCCACCGUCAGGAGGGUUCUGGGCAGGUGGAGAAACGCCGACUUGAGUUUGAGAGAUCGCUGGGACGACAGUUGUCAGUACAGCGAUAUUUUGAAACGUUACAGACAACUUCGAUCUCUCAACCUGAGGGAGGAGGAUCAGGCCGUCACCGUCACAACUGACUCAUCAGCUCAUAAGAUUGUGGUGGACGUGCACUGA